AUGGGCUCUUCAUAUAAUAAUUACUUGUUUGUGUUCACAUUUCUUUCACUAGCGUACAUUUCGUCGGCCGAUCUAGUUAGCGACGUCUGCUCGAAGACGAAAGAUCCAGCAUAUUGUGUCAAGUUCGUGAAGCCUCUGUACAAACUAGGUACGACGACCCCAAUCGAUUUUACGAACGCCACUCUCGAGGCAAGCAAAAAUGUGUUGUACCUUGUGUACCUGGAUAUCAUCGGGCGCGAAACGAAAGCGUCGAAAUCAAAUAAUCCGGUGCUAAGCGGUCAAUAUAGAGAAUGCAAGCCGCACUACGAAUAUGCGGUGAGUGCACUUCGUCAAUCCCAAGCGAUAAGUGAUCUACCGAAUCAUUAUAAGCGGAUGGCUCGUUUAGCAGGACAUGCUUUGACCGAGAUUCAAUAUUGUGAUUCGAAUUUCACACCGAUUAGGAGUAUGCCUGCCGAUUUCAAAGCCCUUCAUCAGAAUUCUCUUAAUGUUUGUGACAUUUGUAAGGUUUUAACAACUCAUUUAGCUGUAAGAACAGGGGCUAUUUAA